CCUCCCCGCCCAGAGAGGGGGAGAGAUCCCGGGCGCAAUCGCUCCCCGGAGCGGCCAAGGGGCGCGCGGGGAGAGGCCUGCGCCGGGGUACUUUCAAACUGAGGCGCGCGCACACACUCACACCCAUCCAUACACACACACACACACACACACACACACACACCCGUUUAUAUAGGCGGCGGCGGCAGUGGCCGGGGCGGCGGCGGCGAGCGCAGGAACGAUGGAGCUGAGCCAGCCGACCCCUGUUGGAAGCAAGUGAGGAACCCAGGCGCACCCCUGGAUUUCUGUGCAGGCGCUUGUCAUCCUCCCGAGGGAACUGUGCACCCGAAGGAGGACCAGUUGGACUGAUUUGCUAGGGAGAGGGCGGGGAAAGGGAGGCCAGGUGAGCCGAGGAGCCCCCUGCGUAUCUGGACUGCCCGGAUCGCGCCUUGCCGGACUCCUGCCCUUUCCUUGCUCAGGUGGGCGCGCCCGGUCCCCAGCUCAAGAGAGGCGCUCAGAGGAGAAUAGAAAGUCGCGGCUCCUCUGCGCGGGAUGCCUUUCGCCAAGCGGAUCGUGGAGCCGCAGUGGCUGUGCCGGCAGCGGCGCCCGGCGCCCGGCCCAGACGAGGAUGAGAGUGGAGGCAGCGCCGAGCCGCCGCCGCCCCUGCAGCCGCCUGGCCGGCGGGAGGAGGCCGAGCUGCCGGGGCCAGAGGAACCUCCCCGAGCGCCCCCUGCGCCUCUCGGGCUGCCGCCACCUCCGCCGCCGGUACUUGCGCCGGCUGACCAGGCUCAGCAGCCUCAGGGCGAAGCGCCUGCGGCCGGCGAGGAGAGCGCGGCGGGGGUCCCGGAGGAGGCGUCCACAGCUGGUGAGGCUUCCACCGCGGCAGCGGCGGCUGUGCUGCUCAUGUUGGACCUGUGCGCAGUCAGCAACGCUGCGCUGGCCCGUGUCCUCCGGCAGCUCUCGGACGUGGCCCGGCACGCGUGCAGCCUCUUCCAGGAGCUCGAGAGCGACAUCCAGCUUACCCACCGCCGUGUCUGGGCACUGCAGGGCAAGCUCGGCGGCGUGCAGCGCAUCCUCGGCACCCUGGACCCCAAGCAGGAGGCAGUGCCCGUCUCCAACCUGGACAUUGAGAGUAAGCUGAGCGUGUACUACCGCGCACCCUGGCACCAGCAGCGAAACAUCUUCCUCCCGGCCACCCGGCCCCCAUGUGUGGAGGAGCUGCACCGCCAUGCCCGGCAGAGCCUGCAAGCCCUGCGCAGAGAACACCGGAGCCGAAGUGAUCGCCGAGAGCAGAGAGCUGCUGUCCCUCUUUCCAUCGCUGCUCCACCACUGCCAGCCUACCCUCCAGCUCACAGCCAGAGGAGGCGCGAGGUGAAGGACCGCCACUUCCUAACGUUUAACAGCACCCGUUCGCCCUCCCCCACUGAGUGUUGCCACAUGGCCCCAUGGAGUAGAAAGUCCCACCCCCCAGAGGACGAAGAUACAGAUGUCAUGUUAGGGCAGAGGCCGAAAAACCCAAUACACAAUAUCCCCUCUACACUGGACAAGCAGACCAACUGGAGCAAAGCGCUACCUCUCCCAACGCCAGAGGAGAAGAUGAAACAAGAUGCCCAAGUGAUUUCUUCUUGCAUUAUUCCCAUCAAUGUCACUGGAGUUGGUUUUGACAGAGAGGCUAGUAUACGCUGCUCUCUUGUUCAUUCACAAUCUGUACUACAGCGGAGACGAAAAUUGAGGAGGAGGAAAACCAUCUCGGGUAUCCCUAGAAGAGUUCAACAAGAAAUAGAUUCUGAUGAAUCACCAGUGGCCAGGGAAAGGAAUGUGAUUGUGCACACAAACCCAGAUCCCUCCAACACUGUCAACAGGAGGUCCGGAACCAGGGACUCGGAGUGCCAAACUGAGGAUAUUUUAAUUGCUGCCCCAUCCAGAAGGAGAAUCAGGGCUCAAAGGGGUCAAAGCAUUGCAGCUUCCCUUUCUCAUUCUGCUGGCAACAUUUCUGCGCUAGCAGACAAAGGUGACACCAUGUUUACUCCUACAGUGAGCAGCCGUACAAGAUCUCGGAGCCUUCCUCGGGAAGGUAAUAGAGGUGGAGAUGCUGAACCCAAAGUUGGUGCUAAACCCUCAACAUAUGAAGAGGAAGAGCCUUUCAUGGGUGACCAUGAAAGAACCCCUAAUGACUGCAGCGAAGCUCCGAGCAGCCCAAGUACACAGGAACACCAGCCUGCUUUGGGCCUGGCCUGUUCUCAGCAUCUUCACAGUCCCCAGCACAAGUUAAGUGAGAGGGGGAGGUCACAUCUGUCCCGAAUGGCUGCUGACUCUGGCAGCUGUGACAUCUCCUCCAACUCAGACACCUUUGGGAGCCCUAUCCACUGCAUCUCCACAGCUGGCGUCCUCCUCAGCAGCCACAUGGACCAGAAGGAUGACCACCAGUCAUCCAGUGGGAACUGGAGUGGAAGCAGCUCCACAUGCCCCUCACAGACCUCAGAAACAAUCCCUCCUGCAGCUUCUCCUCCCCUCACUGGCUCUUCGCACUGUGACUCAGAGUUGUCAUUAAACACAGCCCCUCAUGCUAACGAGGACAGCAGUGUCUUUGUGACAGAGCAGUACAAUGACCAUUUGGAUAAAGUGAGAGGCCACCGGGCAAACUCCUUUACCUCCACUGUUGCAGAUCUGCUGGAUGACCCUAGCAAUAGCAACACAAGUGACAGUGAGUGGAAUUACCUGCACCACCAUCACGAUGCCUCCUGCCACCAAGAUUUUAGUCCUGAGCGUCCGAAGGCAGAUAGCCUGGGCUGCCCAAGCUUCACAAGCAUGGCCACUUAUGACAGCUUUCUGGAAAAGUCUCCAUCGGACAAAGCGGAUACCAGCUCUCACUUUUCAGUAGACACAGAAGGAUACUAUACCUCCAUGCACUUUGACUGUGGGCUCAAAGGUAAUAAGAGCUAUGUCUGUCACUAUGCAGCCAUGGGUCCAGAAAACAGCCAGGGCGUUGGUCCUGGUCUUCCAGACUGUGCCUGGCAGGACUACUUAGAUCACAGGAGGCAGGGGAGACCAAGCAUCUCUUUCAGGAAACCAAAGGCAAAGCCUACCCCACCUAAACGUAGCUCAUCAUUGAGGAAGUCCGAUGGAAAUGCAGAUGUUCCUGAGAAGAAAGAACCAAAGAUAAGCAGUGGUCAGCACCUGCCUCACAGUUCCAGGGAAAUGAAGUUGCCUCUUGAUUUCUCCAACACGCCUUCUCCAAUGGAAAAUGUCAAUCUUCCUACCAAGCAGGAACCUUCUUGGGUGAACCAGAGCGAACAUGGAAUGAAGGAACCUCAGUUAGACACCUCAGAUAUUCCACCAUUCAAAGAUGAAGGUGCUGAAUCAACUCCCUAUGCAGACCUCUGGCUUCUAAAUGACUUGAAAACAAAUGAUCCUUAUAGAUCCUUAUCUAAUUCAAGCACUGCUACGGGUACCACAGUUAUUGAGUGCAUCAAAUCUCCAGAGAGCUCUGAAUCCCAAACAUCACAGUCAGAAUCAAGAGCCACCACCCCAUCUCUUCCUUCUGUUGACAAUGAAUUUAAACUGGCUUCACCAGAAAAGCUGGCUGGCUUGGCUUCUCCAUCAAGUGGCUACUCAAGCCAGUCUGAAACACCAACAUCCUCUUUCCCUACAGCCUUCUUUUCAGGUCCAUUGUCUCCUGGAGGUAGCAAAAGAAAACCUAAAGUCCCAGAAAGGAAAUCCUCACUCCAGCAACCCUCUUUAAAAGAUGGAACCCUCUCACUGAGUAAAGACCUUGAACUUCCAAUUAUACCUCCUACUCAUCUUGACCUAAGUGCUCUUCAUAAUGUCUUGAAUAAACCAUUCCACCACCAUCACCCAUUGCAUGUUUUUACUCAUAAUAAGCAAAACACAGUAGGAGAAACGCUGAGGUCAAAUCCUCCACCGUCCCUUGCAAUUACACCGACAGUCCUGAAAUCUGUUAACCUUAGGUCCAUCAGUAAGUCUGAAGAAGUUAAGCAAAAAGAAGGCAACAAUACAGAUCUCCCCUACUUAGAGGAAAGUGCUCUCACAAUGGCUGCCUUAUCUCCAGGUAAGAUCAGGCCACAUACGGCAAAGAAAUCAGUAUCACGGCAGUACUCGGCUGAAGAUAGCAUACUGUCCUUUUUAGACCCUUCUGCGGUUGAGAUGGGACCAGAUAAACUGCAUUUGGACAAGAACCCUCCUUUCGAUGUGAAGAAUCACCGCAAUCCAGAAACUGUGGCCUCAGCUGGUAGCAAUCUUCUAGAUUCAAAUGUCAUGAAAGACCAAAUACAGAUGGAGAGUGAGCCUAUUCCAGAAAGCACACCAACUAAAAACUGUGGGGUUUCCACAGAAGGAUUUCAAAGGGUGUCUGCUGCCCGCCCAAAUGGUUUGGACAGCAAAAUAUUACAGUAUGGAGCUGGUCCAGAUGGAGUGCUAGAACAGAAGCCAUCCUCUGAAGAUCAGGAGGAAGGUGCACAACCUGUGGAUGUAAUCGCAUCUCAGUCCAACUCACCAACUAGAACAAUGGACAUAAGCAACCAACUUAAGCAUCAACUUGUUAUGAGCCACCACCAUGACAAAGUGCCUGGGACUAUCCGCUAUGAAUCAGAGAUAUCAACUGUAAAUUCAUUUCCUGAAAAAUGUUUUGAGCAGGAAAAUAUUGCUUCAGGUAUUUCACCCAAAAGUGCCUCUGAUAACAGCAGAGCAGAGGAGACCCAAGGAAAUGUGGAUGAGGCUUCAUUGAAAGAAUCAUCACCGAGUGAUGACUCCGUCAUCUCACCACUUAGUGAAGACUCUCAAGCUGAAGCAGAGGGUGUGUUUGUGUCUCCAAACAAACCUCGAACAACUGAGGAUUUAUUCGCUGUCAUUCACAGAUCCAAGAGGAAAGUACUUGGAAGAAAAGAUUCUGGGGACAUGUCUGUUCGAAGCAAAUCGAGAGUUCCCCUUGGCAGCAGUAGCAGCGGGGCCAGUUCUGUCACUUCGCCCAGCAGCAACGUGACAACUGCAAACAGCCAGAGGUCUCCUGGUCUCAUCUACCGCAAUGCCAAAAAGUCCAACACAUCCAACGAAGAGUUUAAGCUGCUACUCCUCAAGAAAGGCAGUCGCUCCGAUUCCAGUUACCGCAUGUCUGCCACUGAGAUCCUGAAGAGUCCCAUCCUGCCCAAACCUCCUGGGGAACUCACAGUGGAGUCCCCCCAAAGCACCGAUGAUGCCCAUCAGGGAUCCCCUGGAGCCGAGGCAUUGUCCCCACUCUCCCCGUGCUCCCCGAGGGUCAACGCGGAAGGAUUUUCCUCUAAGAACUUUGCCACCUCAGCAUCAGCCAGGGUUGGACGUUCCCGGGCGCCCCCUGUAGCCAGCAGCAGCCGCUACAGUGUCCGCUGCCGGCUGUACAACACGCCCAUGCAGGCCAUCUCCGAGGGAGAGACGGAAAACUCCGAUGGGAGCCCGCAUGACGACCGCUCCUCCCAGAGCUCCACAUAGGGCGCCUAUGUCAGGCUGCCCCCAAACGCCCAAAUCCUUAGUUCCGAGGGGAUGUGGGGAUGCUACAGAGGACUCCGGACAAGUAACAGGACUGGGGAGCAUCACUGCUUAGCAACGGAUUUCUAAAUACAUGCUGGGGAAACAAAAAGUGGUUUAGUCAUUCUUGAUUCGUUCCAUGUUUUGAGUAACUGCACUGUCUUUUCAUGGUUUUUCUUUAGCUUAGUUUUAUUUACCCAACCUCAUUCACCGUGAUAAUAAAGCAUAUAAAAAUAUCUAAUUUUCAUGAAACCUACACAAGGUUUUUCCCAGAGCUGCCUAUUCAAAAAAAAUAAAGCCCUCACUGUCAUGAUUCUUUAAGAAGAUGAAAUUACUCUGGAGGUUUGGUAUUUUUUUACAUUAAAAUGAACAAAAGCAAAAUUUAGAAGAAAGAAGUACACAUAUGUAAAUACCAUAUUUUUGAUAAAAAUGUGUAAAUAGGUUUAUCAAUGAUGAGUGGACAUGUGGCCAAUUAUCUACCGCACACCAACUGUUUGUAGAACACACAAAAUAAAGUGUAAUAACUGUAUUCUGUGAAUACCAUUUUCAUAUCAAUACCAUAUUUAAAUGUCCACCGAUAAUUUCUGAGUGAUGAAAACCUCAAAUAUGAAUUUAAAACUGGUGAAAUAAAGGAAACCUUGAGGUCAUAUACUGAAAUGUGAUUAAUCUAAGAUAAAGAAUUCAGACCUAAUCAUUUUUAUGACAAAUUACAGCAUAAACAAGCUAAUAGCAACCUGUAGCUGUGAUUUGCCAUGUGGUAAUUUGGACAGAAUGAAAAGCAUGCUUUUGACUUUUUUUUAGUCAACAUGAGAGAAGUCAUCAUUCUCAACACAAGGCCCUGAAAAAACAGCAUUUGACAGUGAGUGUCCUUUAGACUUUAAUUUUUUCAAUGGAUUGCUUUAAAGAGAAUGAGUAGGGAAACCAGUAGUUAAUUUUAGGUUAUGUUUUAUAUUAGGCUACUGGGGACAUAAAAGGUCAUAAUCCAAUGACUAUAAUCUUUAAAAUCCUUCAACAGUUUAGCAAUUAGCUCCAGGUUCUUAAACUAACAAAAAUAAAAUGUAAGCAUGCCACAGAGCUAUUGAUUUAUCAGUAAGUACCUGCAAUGAGUUUUCAGUGAAGCUUUCUCUCUGUGCUGAUGAGAUUCAUGCUACCUAAAAAUUAACAGAAGUGACACUGUGAACAAUGUAGUUGGGAAAUAGGUAUGUGUAUAUGCAUUAUUUAUAUUCACUGUUAAACUGGGAAUGGGGAACAGCUCUGGUUCACAAUGCUACAUACAACUGAGUUUUUGUCUGGUUUUACUAUAUCUGCUUGAUGGCAAAGGGGGGGGCGGGUGGCGGGUGGGAAAGGAACUGUCAGGGCAAGUGCUCUGAUAAAAUGAAGGCAGGGAAACAAGCUGAAUUACUUGAAAUUACUUGAAUUUUCUUGUCUUAAAACUGAAAAAAAAUGUAGUUACAAGUUGAAAUCUGCAAGUGGUUUUUACACCUCUGACUUUCACGUGAACUGAUACUAAUAUUUGGAAUCGUGUCAGAAAUAUAAGCAGCUAUGUACUUAGAAUAGGUUUUGAAUGGGAGAGGUAGAAAGUAGAGAGAACUAAGAAGGGAUAUGGCCUAUAAAAGACUAGAAUGUGAGUAGAAUGAUAGACUACACCAGGGUUACCAAGAAAUUGAUAUGCAGCUGGCUUUAAGCCCAUGCAAGUGGUAUUUGGAAAAGUAGGAUGUGUGGAAAGGGGUUUGUGGUUUGGGAUUAACUCAAUGCAAAAUGAAGGAGAAAGCCUGGUCUAAGAAGAUACUGUCUUUCAAUAGAAAUGUGUUUUAAGAUGUUACAGAUUAAGAAUUAGAGAAUCUGAUUGCUGUUGGUGUUUUGUUUGUUUGGAAAGAAAAAAAAAUGUUUGGCUUCUACUAUUUGUUUGUACUACCAAAUUGUGUUACUUAAUUUCUUGUCAUUCUUGUAUGUAAAAAUGGGUGCUGGGGGUGGAGGGGUAGAGGAGGAGAUUGAGAGGGGGUAGAGAGAGUGUGACAGGGAGAGAGAGAGUGAGAGAAUGUGUGUGGGUGUGUAUGUGUGAACAUGUGUACUGGGGAUAGAUAAGCUACCUGGUAAAGGGUUGAACAUUUGCAAAGUGUUAUACUUUUUAUUAAAAGAAAAAUGUUUUGGGGUUUGAAAAAAAAUGGACCAUCAUUUCUCAUUGGAACACACUAAUUAAGACAACCAGCAUGGUUUGACACCACAUGGGAACAUGAACAAAUCUGUCUCAUGCUUCGAAAAGUACACUUGGCAAAAUUUUAAAAAUAAAGUUUUUAGACAAAUGUGAUAAGAAACCAUUAUUUCCAGUCACAAUGGUGAUCUUUUAUAAUUCUCAUAAAAGCAGUUCGUUUGCAGUAUGGCUUUUGCAUAGUUAGGGGUUUUUUAAGAGUAAAGAAAGAGGUAUGUGGGCUUUAAAAGUGAUUCUAAAUCUUGAAAACAUGGAUUGGCUUUAAUAAAAAUGUCACCUUUUUAUUAUUGACAUUAAUUUAAGUAAUGGUACCAUAUAUAUUUUAAAAUACAUAUUGACUUGAAUUGUAAGGCAAUAAGAUACCUUCUAUAUGAUCACAGAACUAACCCUUAUAAAUAUAGUUUUACUUAUUUUGUUUACUCUAAAAAUCUAUAGCAGAGUUUCUCUAUUUUAUAUUUCAUAGAUUUAAGAAAAACCCAAAUAAAGAUGGAUUUUAAAUUCACUGUGGAAAAGAGUAUUGAGUAACUGAGUAAAAAAGCAAGAAAUUCCUUAAGCAUCUGGAAUAUUCUACAUGGAUUUGUUAUGUAACAAACAAAACCAAGAUUUAGGGCUGUCUUUAACAUCACUGCUGGCUUGAAGCAGGUUACACACAUUAGGUAUUGUAAAGAACAUCAACCUGAACUUUUCUUCUGUUGUUUGCACUGAUGCUGAUUUUUUUUUAUGUUUAUACAACAGGUCUAUGUUGUGUAGGGGAGAUUUUUUUUCUUUUUCCCCCACUUUUGAUUUUGCUUUGAUUUUGUUGUUGUUUUGUUUUGUUUUUGGCUAAGUAGAGGACAUGGACUAGUUGUAUAGCAAACAAAACAUGCUGUUUGCUCUUGCCAAAGGUCAGUGAGUGGGUACAUUUGCUGCAGUGGUGGCACUUAAGAACUAGAUCCUGACAAAGAUUUAAAAUUAUGAAGAAGGUUACAGUGUAACUAUUUUGGUACUAGAACCAGUUCAUGCUGGCCGAAAAGACAAUGGUUUAUGGACUUGCAUCCAUUUUGUAUUUUUGUAAUAUUUGUAAAUAUAAACUUUUUAAAUUGUUGCAAAGAUGGUUUCUUUUGUAAAAUGUUUUCAACGUUUACAUUCAAUCCAAGCCUUUGUAUAUUUUAGAGCUGUGCAACACUUUAAGUCUUGUAUUUAUUUUUAGUAAAAACGGUGACAGUUUCAUUGUGAACCCCUCUCAAAAAAUGUAUCAGAAAAGUUUGAUUACCUAGAAAGUGUGUAUAGAAACUGCAAAUAAACGUGACUGCAAUUAAACAA